AUGCGGAAGAGAAGAACUAGUGCCUCUCUUUCUUCACAUGGCGACCGCCUCUGCGACAGAGUAGAAGGCCUCCAGAGGAUGAGCUCCUUGGUCAGCAGCUCGCACCUCCAGCUAGCCGCCUUUGCUCUGGGUACGGUAGGCUGGAUCCUGUGCACCAUUUCAAUGGGAAUUGUGGAAUGGAGAGUGUGGCACGUGGAUAACACCACCAUUAUCUCCUCCGGCAUUGCCUGGGUGGGGAUUUGGAAAGUCUGCUUCAUCAGUUACCUUCACGUCUCGCCUGGCUAUAAAGAACAGUUCUGCCACAAAUUCAGCGGCUAUGACUCCUCCAUCCCCCAUGAAAUUUAUGCUGCUCAGGGUCUCCUGUUGAUCGCCAUGUGCGUGGGCUUGCUGGGACUGACUGCCACAGUAUUUGCUCUGAGAAAUGUUUAUAUGGGAAUCACUCAGAAAAACCUCAUUACCCGUUUCUUCCUGGUAGGUGGCUGCUUCUACAUACUGGCUGGUCUGUGCGUCCUGAUUCCCGUGAGCUGGAAUUUCUAUUCUGUAACGCACAACCAGAGCAUCGCUUUUCCUCCUUCUUACUACAUGCCCUCCAGCCCAGCGGCACAGGAAGCUGGUGCUGCCAUUCCUAUUGGGAUUGUAGCUGUCAUCCUCCUGCUGCUAAGUGGGACUUUUUCUCUCUCAUACAGAUUUCCAGUGACCGCAAACGCUAUCACAAAAUCCUGA